AUGGCCAAACUAAACCUGAGAUCAGCGUAUAGGAUGGUACCGGUCCACCCACUGGUCUCCCUUCUGCUAGGAAUUCAGUGGCAGGGGACUAUCUUUGUGGACAGGGCCCUUCCUUUUGGACUUCGCUCCGCCCCAAUCCUUUUUACGGCAGUAGCCAACACCCUCUCCUGGGCAAUGUUCUGCGAGGGAGUCCAGUGGUCCUUUUACUACCUGGACGACUUCUGUUCCCCUCGAACCUCCGGAGGCUGUAGCCAGGCAUUGGCUAUGGCAAUCCCCCUCUGCAGAUUGGGGCUGCCCGUAGCCCCUGAGAAGGUGGAGGGGCCCGCCACCACAUUGAAAUUUCUGGGCAUUGAGAUCAACCCAGUCAACAUGUCCCUAUCACUCCCUUUGCCCAAACUGACAGCUCUGAAGGCAAAGCUGGCCCACUGGAUAAGCAGAAAAGCAGCUUCCAAACGGGAGCUCCAGGAACUGAUAGGCCACCUUAACCAUGCGGCAGCUGUGGUCAGCCCAGGCAGAUCAUUCAUCAGGUCUAUCAUAGAGGCCAUGAAAUGCCCUUGUCUGCAGGACCAACUAACCUGCUUAGAUGCCAACUGCAGGGCGGACAUUCUGUGGUGGCACCUGUUCGUGGCGUCUUGGAAUGGGGUCUCCAUCCUCCCACCCCAUGCCCCCAGUGUCACCGUGGUAUCAGAUUGCCUCCGGCUCCUGGGGUUGUGGGGCACUAUCAGCUGCUUUGGGGAAUGGUUCCAGGUGGCUUGGCCGGCCUCGUGGGCAGAGGCUAAUAUAGCAGCUAAGGAACUCCUCCCCAUCGUGAUUGCUGCAGCUAUUUGGGGCAACCACUGGAAGGGAAAGCGGGUCCUUUUCCUGUCUGACAACACGGCCGCAGUCAAUGCCCUGACCUCUAGGCCCACGCUCAAGCCUCCCCAGUUUCCCCGGCAGUGCUGGCACCCCUCUUGGACCACGCCAGCGGUGGACCUCCCCGCACUGGGCGCAACUGUUUGGUCCCUGUUCAAGGAAGGUCUAGCAGCGUCCUCCCACCGAUCUUAUCGCUUGGCCAGAAACUGCUACCUAGAGUUCUGUCGAAGGGCUAACCUCCGCCCCCUCCCCCUACAACAGCGCACGCUAUGCCUCUUCACUGCAUUCCUCUCACAGCAGGGGUUUGCGGCCCGGUCAGUGUUGUCUUACUUGUCAGCCCUCCGUCACAUGGAGAUUGAAGCAAGAGCCACCUCCCUUCCCUGCCCCUAG